AUGCCUUCCAUCUGGACACUGAUCUUGUUGUCUACCUUGCCUCUGGUUUGGGCCGUCCCAGCCCAGAAGAAAGCACCAACAACCAAUCCAACAGUUAUUAUCUCCAAGCCUGAAGCCACUGUUAUUGGCUCCACGGAUCUGAACAAGAUCGAUAAAUUCAAUGGCAUCCCGUUCGCACUACCCCCAACUGCCCUCCUUCGGUUGAAACCACCUCAACCCAUCCAAACAUCCCUCGGGACCAUCCAGGCUACUUCCAUCGCGAAGUCCUGCCCACAAUUCCUGUUCAGCACCGACAAAAAGGACAUCCCUAGCUCUAUAAUUGCGACGCUCACCAACAUCCCAAUCUUUCAGGAGAUCACCAAUGCUGCUGAGGACUGUUUGAGUCUUGAUAUACGUCGUCCUUCCGGAACUCAGCCAGACGCAAAGCUACCAGUGCUGGUCUGGAUCUUUGGGGGUGGCUUUGAACAAGGUGCCACCGCCAUCUACGAUGGAUCAAACUUCGUGGCGAGCUCUGUGAAAUUGGGUAUGCCAGUAAUCUUUGUGGCCAUGAACUACCGUCUCGGAGGGUUCGGGUUCUUGCCGGGCGCAGAGAUCCUGAAGGAUGGCUCCGCCAAUCUCGGACUUAUGGACCAGCGUCUUGCGUUACAAUGGGUCGCAGACAAUAUCGCCGCAUUUGGGGGCGAUCCGUCCAAGGUGACCAUUUGGGGUGAGUCUGCUGGCGCCAUCUCAGCGUUUGAUCAGAUGGCCAUAUAUGAUGGCAAUAAUACAUACAACGGUGCGCCGCUUUUUCGCAGUGCCAUCAUGAACUCCGGCAGCAUUGUGCCUGCAAGUCCAAUUGACGGCACGAAAGGCCAGGUUGUAUAUGAUACUGUUGUUAGCAACGCCGGAUGCAGUGGCGCCAGUGAUACCCUCGAAUGUCUACGCGGCCUGGAUUACACCAAGUUUCUCAAUGCCGCCAACUCGGUUCCGGGCAUCUUGGGUUAUAAUUCUGUCGCCGAGUCAUAUCUGCCUCGUCCGGAUGGCACGGUCUUAACUGAAUCACCAGAACAACUAGUCAUCCAGGGCAAAUACGCCUCGGUGCCGUUCAUCGUCGGCGACCAAGAAGAUGAGGGCACUGUCUUUUCUCUAUUUCAGAACAAUUUGACAACCACCGAUCAUAUAGUGGACUUUCUACAGAAUCUAUUCUUCUUCGACGCUUCCCGACAGCAGAUUACGGACCUCGUCGCCACCUACCAAGAUAUCAAAACAGACGGCUCACCCUUCCGCACGGGAUCCCUUUACAACUGGUACCCACAAUAUAAACGACUGGCAGCUAUCCUAGGUGAUAUAUCCUUUACCCUCACACGCCGGGCUUUUCUGAGCUACGCUCAGAAAGCGAAACCAGAUGUUCCUUCCUGGUCCUAUCUGUCGUCUUACGACCAUGGACUUCCCUUCCUAGGAACAUUCCAUGGAUCUGAUGUUGUCCAGGUGUUCUACGGAAUCCUGUCAAACUAUGGAUCCAAAUCCCUACACUCAUACUACUUGUCUUUUGUGUAUGAGCAGGACCCCAAUGCAAAGGCUGGAGAUUACAUGGAUUGGCCACAAUGGGGUAACAACCAGUCGCUGAUGAACUUCUUCAUUGAUCGUGGUGCCCUCUUGCCGGAUGACUUUCGUCAAGAUAGUUUUAACCAGAUCAUGGCUGAUCCUGCUGCAUUCCAUUUUUGA